AUGUGUAUGUCAUGGCACUCUGUAGCAAAACAUAAUCAAAGUCAUCGUGCUAAGCUGUUAGGUCGUGACCAACCUCCAAUGCUUAUGGUUUCUACUGACCAAGAAGGUACAUGGAACUUAUGCAACCUCAUGGAUGAAAAAGUUUUGGAUUUGCAAUUUAACUGGUCAAAUAAGCGCUUUUGUGGGUCUUCAAAAGGAUGGGUAAUUAUCGUGGAAGAAAACUUUGCAGUAACCCUACUAGACCCAUUGUCUAGAACUAAAGGGAAGGAAGAAAAAGAAAAUUCAAUCAUUCGCCUUCCUCCAUUAAUCAGGCCUCCAGAUGAUAAGGGUGGUGCAUUGAAAUUCUGGACUAAAAAUUAUGAGUAUUAUGUCCACAAGGCUACACUAACAGCAGACCCAAUAUUAAAUGCAAACGAGUGCGUUGUUGUGGUGAUAUUUGGGCAUUAUUCUAAUAUGGCUUUUCUCCGACUCUCUAAAGAUACAACAUGGACUUAUCUUGAUAAGGAGGUGACGGGAACACGCGAAGUUGUUUGCAUUGAAAACAAAUUUUAUGUUGUUGACGUAUGGAGCAGAAUUUUUACUUUUGAUAUUACUACUCAAUCCUAUUCAGAUAUAAAAUAUGUUGCACAAGGUAUACAAGGUAUUAAGCGAACACCGUUCAUGUUGCAAUAUCUUGUGGCUUUGAAUGAUAAAGAACUAUUGAUGGUUCACAGACUUUCAGAGCUAGACGAAGAUGAUAUGUAUGUCACGAAGCAAGUCAAAAUUUUCGAAUUGAAUUUCGAUGAGCAUAAGUGGAUUGAGAAGAAAACAUUGGGUGAUAUCGCUAUUUUUGUGGGUGAUAACUCUUCCUUAGCUGUGCCGGCGUCAAAUUUUCCAGGAUAUCAACCAAAUUUUAUAUACUUCAAUUAUUUUACUGAUAGAGCCUUCAAUAAUCGUGAGUUGAAAUAUGGAGUUGAUUUUGGUGCGUACGACGUCGAAAACCAAUGCUUUUUAGCACCUUACAGCACACUUACGAAGACGAUGAUCAAGAUGGCCCAGUGGCCCCCAAUUUGGGUGGUACCAACUUUUAGAUUAAUCUAG